AUGGACGCCCUAUACACUGCCUUCAACUCUGGAAAGCUGGAACCCUUCGUCCAAUCUGUGUAUAGAGAUGGAACCAUCGACCUCUACGCCAACAGUGAAGCCAUCUGUCUGUUCUCAGGGAGAGAAAAUGAGCCUUACCUAGACAGCUUUUUGGGUGGUAUCUGUCUUCGAUACAGCUGCAACCGGCUGAUCAACGAAGGACCGUGGGAAGACCGUCUGGAAGCUGCCAAGCAGAUGGUCCAGAUCCUCACUCGUCACUAUAAGACGCCCAUUAUCGACUCCAGUGUUCUGCUGAGCAUGCACUCCGUGUUCGAUACCAUGGUCUCUCUGGGUGAGGAAUGUUGCGUCUCUUCAGGCUCAAUCGACUUUGUGCGCUUCGGAAGAGUCUUCCAUGGCAUCACGCUGGUCUACAUUUUCAUAUCCGAGCUCAACCAGGCAUUAAUUUCUAUUCCUGACUUUCUGAUCCAACGUUGGGGAGCACUCAACCUACGGGCCAACGCCCUAGGCAUUUCUGUCCAACCCAAGACCAUGACCAAAGUUCUAGACGAGUCUCGAGGUCUUGUUUUGGGCAUGCCUGUGUCCAAUGGAGAUUCUGCUACUGCCCAUUACCUACUUUCGCGAUUCGGAAAGAUCUCCCAGAUACUGACAGGACUCCAACAGUCUCCAAAAAUCAGCCUUGGUGAGAUAUUGAGCUUCUGUGCGUCAGAACCUGACCUGCAGUUCCUCUCUCUCAUGCUUGUUCGUCAAGACUACUACGAAGAGCUUGUCGAGCUGCUGGAGAACCCUGAUGAGGAGAUUGUGGGCAUGACGACCAUUCUUAUGGUUCGUGUUGGUCUCACAAUCAGAUUCAUUGACCCUGAGGAGGAGCUGCCAAGCCAUCCAUGUGUCCCACGAUACUCCACGGGUUCUCUCACCCAACAGAUGGAGUUUGUGUUCCAGAUUUUGGACCGUCCAGACCUCUUGUCGGCCAAAAUGAACUCUUCUAACCCCCAUCACACCUGGAUGGGUGCUCUGUCUGCAGUGGUGACUGAGUGGAUCGCCGCUGAUAAACCUGAGGAGGUGUACGGAGCGAACAAGAAGUUCUAUGAGCUUGAUCCCCCUGUAUCACUCAUUUUUGCGCUGUGUAGACUCCUCUACCUCGUUUGUGAGAUGAAUGGGGCUGGAAAUAAGGAUCUUGUCAUCGGUAACAUUCUCUCCUAUGUCUCUCCUCCAUCUCCGCUUCUACCCUCCAAGGUAGAGCCUAUCAAGUUGGAAGACAGGUACCUUCCUUUCCAGCUGGGCGAGUUCGAGGGCACCACGAUGGCUACCCGGGAGAGAAACCACGUGAUUCUCUCUUUAAUUGGGGUCAUUAGACUCCAGAUUGAAUACACAUACUCUUUUAUUCGCGAAGAGAUUGGCAAAGAUCUGAUUAGAGUGCUCUUUUCUGGACUCCUGGCAGCCUAUUCCAACUGCGUUAUCCACGAGGAAACGUCUUCUAUCGAGCUUAUCAUGUCCACUUUCAACGGUUGCAUCCAGGUCUUCCCGUCUGGAGGUCUGAUUCUUGUGGAACUACUGGCUGAGCUUUCGCAGCAGUCUCUACGGUUUGUUGGGGUGUUUGCCACCGUGUUCAGCAGGUUCUAUGACAAGAAGUACUUUUACGGGUGCGAGUUUUACUUCAAUGACUUCCUUAGACGUUGGGGAGACACGCCGUCUUUUGAUAUCACACAGCUGCGUUCCAAGUUCACUUCUUCCUUGGAAGAUAGAGCCACUGUUUCUGGAAGUACUUAG